GGGCGAAAGGUGUCAUUCCUUAAUGUGAAUACUUUUUUGUUUUAAAACGAGCCAUGAAAUUUUAAUGCAACUUUAGAAAACUUUCGAAAUGAACUGCUGUACAAUUAAAUAUGCACGCAGAUAAGUGGAAAUGUACCAUAUGUACUUACAAAAGCACGCAUAAUAUAGUAUAUUGAUUUUAGUUAGACAAACAUAAAAUUAACGUGGCGCACAAGCGUAGAGUGCCAACGGAAACCCAACGAAAAAUACAAAAUUAGUGGAUGUAAAAAAGAACAAAAUUAUUAUUUUUAAUCAAUAAUGGCACUAAAGAUUUCCAUAUUAAGAGCCGUUUUGGCCGUUGUCAACACAGUGCUGCCGCUGCUUGGUAUUGGACUGAUUGCGCUUUCUGUUUACGAGUUAAAUACUUCAACGCCUGGAACUAUGCAACACAUUUCGAUUGUUAUACAAAUAUUCAUUGGAUCAUUUGUGGUGCUCACCUCAUUUCUGGGCUGUUUCGGAUUGUGUCGCGAAUCGUUGGGUCUCACUUGGAGUUAUGUAAGUUGUAUGCUGAUAUUACUUAUAUUCCAAAUAUAUUUGGUUGCUGUGGCUGGCGUUACCGACUAUGUCCAAAAUACCACCAAUCACUUCGAUACGCUUUGGAGCAAUGCCACCAUAAAUGCGGCAGAAAUCGCCCAAAUUGAGCAACAGUACGAGUGCUGUGGUAGACUGGGUCCUCAGGACUAUCCCCAACGUGUACCCAAAAAUUGCUAUUUCAAUUUUUCUGGCGCUGAAAAUGAUCUUUACACCGAAAGUUGCUUGAAGGUUCUACAGGAGAUGGCGCGUAAAAGUGGUAGCACUGGAUUGGCCAUUAAACUGACGUUAUUUGGUUUUGAAGUACUUGCCUUGUUCUUUUCUGGUUUGUUGGGCAUUACCAUACGAAACAAGCGAAGAAGAGACCAAUUUGUGGAUCACUAGAAGCGCGACGCAGAAAAAUGGACAGUAAAACUGUGAAAAAUAAAAUAUUAUAGUUUUUUUAAGUUAUUUAUUUAAUACAAUAUAAACAGUGCAAAGUAAUAAUAUUUAUAAGUAAAUAAUCGAAUAAAUGCCUGAAGCAGUCUACUUUACAAAAACCAAAACAAAAAACAAUACAACA